GUCUAUGAGUGAGGUUAAGUAAUUUGACAUAUGUGUAAUUUUAUUUUAGUUCCUGUCUAAAUUAAUAUUACCCAAAUAAAUAAAUCGCUUUAAAAUGACUAGGUUAUCAGGAAUAAAUAACUAGAUCGUAGACUUUAACGUUACCAAAAAAGAUGGGUGAUUAUGAGAAACAAUUUCAGGAAGAUCUCGAAAGAGCCCAAGCUCUCAGUUUAGAGUCUUUGGCAUUAGAACAAUUUAAAAGUAAGAAAUUGCAAGAAUUAAAUCGAUCGUCUACCACAGUAAAUGUAUCUAACAAACCAAAAACAACAGCAGUAACUCGUACAUUAUCUAUGAGUGAAACUGAUUCAACUCAAAUGAAAUAUGAUAGACAACAAUCAAAAUCAAGACCACGACCAGGAGUCCAAUUAAGUACUACAAAUACUCUCUUAGCUCCUCCACCAUCAUCACAACGAAAAAAUAGCACAUCUAAUGAUCCAGAUACACCAGACCUAAUUUCAUUUGCUAGUCCACCAGCCGUAACAACUCCAUCGAGUGAAAUUAUAGAUUUUUGUAAACAACAAAAUUAUAAUCAACAGCAACUGGUGAUAAACUCUCCUAGCAUACAACAACAUCCAUCACAUUUCAAAUAUUGGCCACACUUACCCACAGUCUCUGGGGUUCCAACAUUAAAUUCAGGUAUACCUCAGCAAGGUGUCAUGUAUCCUAAUAGUGGAUACUAUCCAGUUUUAUCUAGAGCUCAGUAUCCUCUAAACAGUAUGAAUAGUCCCAGUAUUGUCAGAAUGCCCUGGAAUAGUAUUAAUCAAACGUCCAAUAAUGUUCAAAUUCCAAUUCCCGUGGGAUCAACUACGAGCUCAAUUGUGGGUAGUCCUGUUCAAUCUCACAUUUCUCCAGCAACUUCUAUUCAAUCCAUUAUGUCAACACAGGCACCUCCAGCCCUGCCUCCUAAGAAUCAACGAAGACCACCACCAAUAGUAGUUCCUAAAAGCUCUUCAAUAUCUUCAAAAUUAUCAACGUCUUCUUCUUCUUCUUCUGUAUUAUCUGUACAGUCUGAAAAGGACAGAAAAUCAAAACCAACGUUUUCCUCAAAUUUGAUUGAUUUAGCACAUUCAGAUGAUAAAGAUAGUGUAAGAGUGAGUAUAUUACAAGAAUUCGAUCCUUUGUCAGAGUCCGUGUACAGCUCACUUAGCUCCAGGGCGAUUAGUCCGGAUUGUUCAGUUGAUGAUACAAUGUCUGUUUGCAACAGCGUUUAUGAAGAAUAUGACCCGUAUGAUUUCAUAUAUUCAGGAUCAGGCAAUAACAGUAUUUCAGAUCCUAUUUAUGCUACAUUAAAUAGGUCCGAUAAUGCCACGCCUAUGUCACCAGGAGUAUCUCGAAUGUCUACUAUAGAUAGAAGCAGUUCUAAAUCAGUUAAGAGAAACCUGCUAAAUAUUAUUGAGGAAGUAACUAAUAGAUCCUUGGUGAAAGAUCCAGAUCUCAAAUCCUUUUACAGCAUGGUAUAUAACAUUAGAAAACAGUAUAAAUACAACGACCCCGAUACAAAUAUGGGACUUGUUAUCAGUCCAAUGGUAAAUUAUCAGUAUUCUCAUGGCUUGAGCAUAAAACUGCAAGUUCAUCCUGAUUUUGAAGGAGCUGACUUCAAUCAACCUAUCAGUUUUACUUGUGACGUUAAUUCAAGCGUUGAACACGUUACUCUACAACUUACUUAUGGUCUUGAUGCGCCCACUACUACUCAAUACACGCUAAAAGUGUGGGGAAGUAACGAAUAUUUAGUUCCUACCACAUUUUUAAGUGAUUACGAAUAUGUACAUGACUGUAUCAAACUGGAUGAAGAUGUUAUUUUGAUAUUAAUACCGGAUUCUAAAAAAGACAAAUCUUUCGCUAGAACGAUUGCUGAUGACAAUGAUGAUGAAACUUUGAAAUUCGAAAAUAUAAUCCCCAAUGAUACAGUUGUUCGUAUUACUUAUGAAAAAUUGAAUAUUUUGUUAGAGACUGUCGAAAAUGAAAUAAGGAAAUUGGAAGAUGCCGCUUUGCAAAUGGAAACGAAUAGUAAUCCGUCAGUAAUGCCUGCCGUGCAGCCUUUAAAUGUAAUACAAUCAGUUAAAUACCUUGUUAAUUUAAUGGGAGAUUUGUGUACACUUGAUAUUAUGUAUACAGUUGAAGCCUUAGAAGAAACUUGUAAAAAUUUUCUACCAUCCAAUAAAUCUUCAUUUUCUGAUUUCAUCAGUAAUCACUGCAACAAGAUUCGAUUUGCAGUUCAGAAUUUGAUUGAAAUGUAUAGUCACGCGUUUUGUGUAGACUUUGAAGUGAAAAGUACUUUAUCACAUGAAUCAAUGAGAUACGUUCAUGAUAUAAUGGAUUCUGUCAUAGUAAGAAUAUGUGCUGUGUAUCGCCCAUCUUUUGAAUGGGAACAUGAAGAAUAUACAGCAACUGUUCAAAUAUAUCACGGUACAAAGAAAAUUGGCAAAUCUCUGUGUACCCAACCUUCCAGAAAAUUUGAUAGGGAUAAAUAUUGGCCUUCUAGGAUAGUAUUUGACAGCUGGUUAGAAUUUGAAGAUGUACCUAUAAAUAGUUUGGCAAGAGAAUCUCGAUUAGUAAUCUUACUUUUUGGUAGAACUUUAAUUACGUCAGAUACCGAAGAUUCGAAAAAUUCUACUGUUCCUGCUUAUAAGGAGGAAGAAAUAGGAUGGGCUUCAGUUCAGUUUUUUAAUUAUGAAAGUGCUAUGAAUCAAGGCAGUAUACUGCUUUCAAUUUGGCCCAAUGAAACCAACUAUAUAAACGAUCAUAUUUAUGGGCCAGCGCCUGCUACGGGAACUCAUCCAGAUCCUGACCAUCCUGUUCUCGGCAUAGAAAUUGUAGCUCCUACCAAAGUUCAGUUUCCUUCUGUGUCACCGGAUUUAUAUAGCAACGUUUGCAAAGGAGACUUCUCUAGUUUAGAUAAUGAAACACAACAAUUACUGGUAGAUGCUUGUGAUCAAGAUUUGUUGUACAGAUUUUCACCAGAGAUAAGAGAGAUUUUAUGGGAAAAACGUCACUAUCUAUAUCAUCUUCAGACAGCGUUACCAAAAGUACUUCUUGCUGCUCACAGUUGGGAAUAUGUUCAACUUCCAGAUCUUCACGGUAUGCUGCAUGCGUGGACAAGACUGAAACCAAUUCAAGCAUUGGAAUUACUUCUUCCCGUAUAUCCGGAUCUAGAGGUCAGGAGGAUGGCUAUUAGAUGGAUCAGAGGCCUUACAAAUGAUGAAUUAGUAGAUUACUUACCCCAAUUAGUAGUAGCUUUAAGACAUGAAACUUAUGAAAAUUCUUCAUUAGCAAAGUUCUUGUUAGACAGAGCUCUAAGGUCUCCUAGAUUUGCACAUUAUUUAUUUUGGUUAUUAUGUCAUAGCAUUCCAGGAGAUUCGCCUCAAAAUUGCACAUCAGAAAUAAGAGGUAAAGAUAUGGAAUUGGGUAUUAGCGAAUUUAGACACCAUAGAAGACUGAAACUACUGUUAAGAGCUUUAUUAGCUAUAUGUGGAAAAUCCCUAGGAGAUUGUUUUCUUUACCAGCAGUCUCUUGUUAAGAAAUUAAAUGAUAUAGCCGAAGAAGUACAAAAAACCAAAGAGUCUCAUCGUCUCACUGUUUUACACAAUGGGUUGGGACAAAUUCACAAAGAUCUUCAAGAAACUCCAACAAGUUUACCUCUCUCACCUACAUUGAGGGUGAAAGGAGUAGAUAUACAAUCAUGUUCUUAUUUUCCAUCUAAUACGUUACCCUUGAAAAUAAACUUCUUAAUGGAAGAUAGUUCGAUAAGAGCAGCUAUUUAUAAAGUUGGAGAUGAUUUGCAACAAGAUAUGUUGACAUUGCAAAUGAUUCGUUUAAUGGAUAAGUUGUGGUUGAGUAAGGGAUUAGAUUUAAAAAUGGUAGCAUUUACAUGUAUACCAACAUCCAGAAGAAAAGGUAUGAUAGAGAUGGUAACAAAGGCAGAAACAUUGAGAAAAAUUCAGGUAGAACACGGAUUGACCGGUUCAUUUAAAGAUAAGCCAAUAGCUGAAUGGUUAGCGAAACAUAAUCCUUCUGAAUUAGAGUAUGCAAGGGCUGUACAAAAUUUUACAGCCUCAUGCGCUGGUUAUUGUGUGAUAACUUAUAUUUUGGGCAUUUGUGAUAGACAUAAUGAUAAUAUUAUGUUGAAAAUAUCUGGACAUCUAUUUCAUAUUGAUUUUGGAAAAUUUUUGGGAGACGCACAGAUGUUUGGAAAUUUUAAAAGGGACCGAGCCCCAUUUGUGUUAACAUCUGAUAUGGCUUACGUUAUUAAUGGAGGUGAUCGGCCAACUGAAAAAUUCCAUCAAUUUGUUGAUUUGUGUUGCCAAGCAUUCAAUAUUAUAAGAAACAACAGAAAUUUAUUUUUGUUCUUGAUAACAUCAUCCGGAAUAUGCAGGAUAACUCCAGAAUCAAUAAGUUAUAUGCAUAAGGCACUGUUGCCUGAAUUAUCUAAUCCUGAAGCUGCUGCCUACUUUACUCGUUUAAUCGAAGAAUCUCUGAAAACACGUUUCACACAAUUUAAUUUCUUUUUGCACAAUCUCGCUCAACUCAAAUUUACUGCUGAAAAUAACGAGGGAACGCUACUGUCAUUUGUACCAAAAACCUACAGUUUAGCAAGUGAUGGUCAGUUGGUCCAUGUGGAAGUAGUCAAUUAUAGAAAAAGAUAUGAUCCAGAUAAAUAUUAUGUAUAUAUUCUGCGAGUAUAUCGUAAAGACCAAAGGCAACCGAUGGAAAUUCAACGAACUUAUAAAGAAUUUUGUGAAUUACACCAGAAGUUGUGUAUAUACUUUCCAUUGGCCAAAUUACAUAGUUUAUCAACUGGUCUACAUAUGGGUCGUUCUAAUAUUAAGCAGGUUGCUCAGAAGCGUUUUCAUGAAAUAAGUCUGUUUGUCAAAUCGCUAUUCCUUUGUGCUCACGAAAUUGCUCAUUCUGACUUAGUUUACACAUUUUUCCACCCAUUGCUGAGAGAUCAACAAUAUUCAGAGGAGUAUUCUAAAAAAGUAAAAGAUAGAAUAGGAGAUGUCCAUGAAUCAGGUAGACUUAAAGGUCAAUUGAAAUUAUCAUUGCAAUACAGGAAAGGAGUAUUCAGUGUAAUGGUUCUACAUGCCAGAGGUUUACCAAGACUGUCCAAUGGCCAAGAACCGUCUACUUAUGUUAAAGUUUAUUUACAACCAGAUACACCAAAAAGUACCAAACGCAAAACUAAAGUAGUCAAAAAGAAUUGUCAUCCCAGUUUUAUGGAGAUGUUGGAAUAUCGAAUGUCGCUGGAAAUCAUCAAAAUGAGAAGAUUACAAGCGACCGUCUGGAACUAUGAUGCCUUACAAGAAAACGAAUUUAUGGGUGGUGUAGAAUUAGACCUUGGUUCAUUAGAAUUAACAGAAGAAACUAGUGAAUGGUAUUCAUUAGUAAAUCUCAGCAGAUAACAAUUGUACCCUUUAUAAAAGAAUAUUUACUAUUAGGUUGUUGAAUGUGGUGGAAUAGUUAUUUACAACAUUAUUAAUUUGAGAAUUUCAAAACUAUUAAGAAAAGAAAUUGUUUAACUACAAUUACAAUUGGUGACUUAUUAGAAUAAUUUGCAAGAUAUUAUAAUCUCUCUUAGGCAUGGUUGAAUCUAUCUAAUAAAAAUGUGUUGUUUGCUCUCUAACCAUACUUUAGUAACACUUUACAGCUCUACUAUAUAUAUAUAUAUAUAUAUAUAUAUAUAUAUAUAUAUAUAUAUAUAUAUAUAUAUAUAUAUAUAUAUAUAUAGUGUUGGGUGAAGGUCUUGAAUCAAAUAAGAAUGAUGUCUUGUACAGAGCGUGUUAUCAUCGACAAAAUAUGUUCUCGCCGUGCAUGGUAUGAGACAGUGUUGGUAGGUGAUGAAACGAUCUAGUGGUAGUAGUGUUGUACUAUUCAAUACAAAGAAUACUCUCGUGUCUAAUACGUUUCUAAAAUGAUAUAGUAUGGAACAUUGUAGUAGACAAACACAUUUGAAAAAUUUAUGUAUUUUCGUGAGUCCCUCGUAUCAAUUGAAUAAACUGAAAGUACUACUUUCUACCAUACACGUAUGUAUUAUUUUGUGGGAUUUGUUUCCUGGAAAUUCUAUUUCUUGUAGAAGGAUAUAUUUAAAAUGAGUCAUAUAAAUCAAUGGAAUUUAAUUAAAAUGCACAAAUCAAUGUUAAAUCUUUGAAUAAUAGAUAAAUAGUAGAUAUUAAUAUUACUCUAUUGUUCAAGUAACAAAUCUAAUUGAAAUGAACUAAUUUAUUUAUAUUUAUGCGUUUACUAAUAUUCAAUACUUUGUAUGAAAUUUCUUCAUAAUAACUAUUCCACAAAGUUGUACGAAUUUACAAUAUGGCAAUGAAUUAACGAGACUGGUGUAAGAUAUAAAAAAAUUCUAUUCCAUGGCAUCGUUUUCGUAGGUGAUGCAUUAUAGAGAUUUAUCCUCCUUCCUUUCAGAAUAUGCACUAUUCAGUUUCUGAUAGACAUAACUUAUCAGAGACUUUCCGAUGCAGCAGUGAUAAAGUGAGGAAAUGUAGCUUGGUUCUAUAGUCAUUCCAUUAUUAUUGUCUAUAUAUCAGCUUUAAGUCACUAACUUAGGAGCUCAGUGCUUAUUGAUUAUAACUUUCAUAAACUGUAUCAUCUUAGGUUCAUUUCUUGAAAUAGAUAAUCUGAUAUUUACCGAGAAAAAGGAGAAUAUAGUAUUUUUUCUAAUAAUUUGAGUACUUGUGUAGUAUAUUUGCCUUCACCUAAAAUAAAAGAUAUUUUAAACCUCUACAUCAAUAUAUUUGAAGCCAAAGCACAAAAUCAAACUAAGUAAGCAGCAACUGGUAUCAAGGUUUCAAUUACAAUACUGUUUGAUGCCACAAAUGGGUAUCUUAAUGGACAGUCUCGUUAUUCAUUUGCUAUAUUAUCUGACACACAAGAUAUAUAAACUAUAUAUUGUUUACAUAUCUAUCACAUCAGAUUAGAAUUUCAAUUUAGGCAUGAAUGUCACAAUUUUAACAAAAUAUAAAUUGUCAGGUUGAAAGAGCAUAUUUUUUACAUAUAAUACCUAAAUAUAUCUACAGCUCAUUGAAGUUGAUGCAUAAAAAUGUAAUUUUAAGAAUAACAUAUUUCUAUACUUGUUAACAACUGAAAUUCCUAGACACUGACUAAAGUCGUCUCAGCCUAACCCUCUACUGCAUGAAUUAUGAAAAAAAAUAAAAAAAAUAUUUGAUGGUUAUUUAGACUUUAUUUGGAGAUAAAAUUUACUACAAAAAUGGAAAUUGAAAAAAAUUACUUAAAAAAAUCGAGAAAAGAACAAAGGUUGUAUGGGUUUGUAUACACCAAAACAAAUUUUAAUAAAAAAGUACAUGGGUUCGUAUGAAGAAUAAAGAAACAAAUAUAAUAUAAAAUAAAAUAUAAUAAUAUAAGUGUUUAAUAUAAAAUAAAAACUAUAAUAAUUGUAAUCAUGAAAUGCCGAUAAACAGUUUCGAUUGUUGUUUUAACAUAAAACCACUUUGUCUAAGUUUUUUGGCCACAAAAUUGACAUUUUUAUCGGUUUUUCAUCCAUUCAGUCAUAUGGACUAUUUUGUCAGUUCUCACGAAAUUUAAAGGUACAUCUUGAUGUCUGGAAGGAACUUUCCUCAUUUUCUUUGGUAUAGUUGGUGUGCCUCGAUUGGAUGAAACAGGACUUCCGUGCCCAGAAACUGGUGUUCUAUCUCUACUGUGAUUUACAGAUUUAUCGUGCCAUUCGUUAAAAACAUUAAAAGGGCAUACGAAAUCAUAUAUGGUACUGUGGCAAAAUUAUUAAGUUAGGUUAGGAUGCAUACGAAACCAUAUAUAAAAAAUAAACAUUAAAUAACAUAUAUAAAAUAGUGCUAUAACAGCUCCAUGUUUUAUGUUUUUAUCACGCAAAACUUACCUUUUUUAUUUAGAAAAAUGUGUUUACAGACACUGAGUUCAACUUAACACAAGCGCUUAGAAAAGUGAGGUUGUAAUCACAAUUAUAUUAGACCAUAGACAACAAAAAAUAUUUUUGUAUUGGCAAUAUAACAAUUAAAAUGUCCGCCAUGGGUAUGUAUAGUUAUUGCUUGUGCAAUAUAACGUGAAAAGAAAAUAUUUAAACUGGUGAACCAUAUGAGUUUAUAUGCAGUAAAGGGUUAAAGGGUGGCUUCUAAUAUAUCAUAAGUUACAAGUUUUGAGGCUUUGAAAGAGGAUGGGUUUGGAACGAAUAAUCCAAGUAAUUUUGUGUUAUUUAUGCCUAAUUUUAUUAAGCACUUUUACAAAUCAAUAUAUAAGUCUGAUUUUUUCAAAUUAUGUGGAGCUAGUGUAAUUAAGAAAGGUGCUUAUAAAUGUAAGGAAUGCAGGAACAAAGAAUUUAAAAUCAUUUAAACAUUCCCUACCCUGUACCUUUAUACCAUUUUUUAACUUAUAUAAUACUGAUAGUUCUAAAAUAAGAUAUUUUUAAAAUGUAUGUAUACAUUUAACUAAUAUUUUCAAUAAACGUGCACGUACUGAACUGAUUUAUUUAAUUUGAAUGAUGGAUGAAUUUAGAACCAGAAAUUAUAGGAAAAACAUAGGGAUUUUGUAAAAAUAUCUGGUAAAAAAUAAAGUUACAGAUUUUUCUAACACACAAUAUUAAAAUAUAGUGAACUACAUUUAAAUGAUCAGAAAAUAAAGCAGAAUCGCCAAAAAAUAAUAACUGGGCAAUGCAAAACUAAAGCUAAUUUAUAUAAAUUAAUUUUAAAAAAUAUUUUAACACGAGACUACUUGUAUCCACUCCUAAGUCAGCACCUAUAAAGAACGUUAAACCCCUACCAACAUUUUACAAAUAUACAACCAAUAUAAAAUUUUAAGGGUCAGUCUGGCGGAAUAAAACGAUGCACCUACAUAGCGAAAAAUGUUUCCCUAUAUGUUGCUGUGUGUUCUGUUUAAAAUUCGAUUUACAAAUUUACGAGUUUUCAACUGAGGAAAUGACUGAACAAUAGAUCAAUUUCAAGUUUUAUUUUAAUCUUAUCAAGACUAGUGAAUGCAAUCCCGAUCUCGCGGGAUCAAUCCCAAAGCAUAAUAUGACAAGAAAAGCGUUAGAAAACUAUUCCGAGUAUUAACGAAUAUUAGCGGCAGGUGACGAUCGGGAUACACAAUACAGAACUAUGUCGUAGUCAUUAUUUUUUCUUAAAUUACACGUUAUUUAUUGUUUAUGUGAGUUAAAUAAACAUAACUGGACUCUCACAAGUUGUUAAAAACUUAAAAUGUCGAACAAUAAUCCGGAUCAAGUGUAUGUGGAGUUUAGCAGUUGUGUACCGGUAUGGAGAUAUUUAUAGAAAGCAGUUGAUAAUUUGACUGUUCAAUGCAAGUUAUGUAAAACUGUUCUCAAAAGGUUUACACGUCCAUAUGAUGUCAAUCCAAAAAAUUGAACAAAUCGAAUACAGGAAUCUACCUUCAAAUUCAUUAGCGUCUACCAGAGCGUCGUUGUCAGUUGCGCAGUCACAUGUUGAGGCUCAAUUUACACUAGAUGAUCGUGAAAAUUAACAAACACCACAGAAGAAAAAGAAAAUCAGUGUUUAUUUUCCUUCUGAUUCUAACUUAACAAAAAAGUUAAUGAUUUCCCGAAUGGUAGCCAAAGAUAGUUUGCCAUUCCAAGUAUUCUGUACUUCCAAGGACAUGAAGAGUCUUUUUGCUGAGAAAGGUAACAAUUACAAAUUGCCUUGUUCACCAAACACAAUUAGUCUAACUGUGAUGAAUUAUGGAACGUGGCUCAAAAUGAAAGUGAAGGAAGAUCUUCUAAAUUUGAAGAAUGAAGACUAUAGGUUUGCAGUCACUUUAGAUGAAUGGACAUUUAGAAUAAAUCAGCGCUUUUUAAAUGUUAAUGUACACACCGUUAUUAAGAGUCGGCCCACUUAUUUGCAUUACAUUUUUGGAGGUAUGCCAUUGGAGUCUUGUGUUCAGCUUCUGCCAGAAAAACUAUCAGAGUAUAAUUUAUCUUUAUUUAUAGUUUAUAUUUUUCCUUACCUUUAAGACAAAUUUACAUAGCUACAGAAUACCAAAUGAUUAUAUCAAAACUACGGAAAUGCAUCAAACUUUUUAGAAAUUCCUACCAAGAAUGAUAUGUUUCAGAAUUACAUUCAGCAAGAGUUUGGCAAAACCAUUCAGCUGGUUCUUGAUUGCAAGACACUUUGGUAAAGCCUAUGCAACAUGAUAAGUAUAUACAAUAGAGUAAAGCAGUGUGUAAAUUGCAAUUGGAGACUUUCCAAUUGCCAAACAAAUAUCUCAUAAGGAACGAAAUUAAAACUAUAAUCAGCCGAUUGUACCGUAAAGAACCAGACCAAGCAGAUAUGAAUACAACAGUACUAUUAAAUGAAGAUGAUUUGUCUCUUUCCAUGAUUGCAGCUACCGCUGCACAAUAUAAUACAUCAUCAGCAUCACUUCAAGAGGAAUUAGAACCAUAACUACUUUCUGAUCUCCUUUUUGUUUUUAUUAUGUAAAUUUGUAUCUGUGACCUGUGUGUGCAGUGCUGAAUAAAUGAUUUCUAUUCUAUUAAAAAAACUGUUACCUAGUUAUUUGGUUAAAUAAUAAAGGUUUUUGUUUUCUUUCAAAUGAAAUUUUAUUUUAAGUAACCUAACUAACACAAAACAAGCAUUUUGCAUAGUUCUCAGUCAUCCGAAUUUAACUUAUUUUAAAAAAGAUACUGAAAGAAUCUGACAACCUCUGCCAGUAAUGAAAAUAUUGAGAAAGUAAAGAUAUUCAAUUAAUGCAUGAUAGCUGAUGAACUACAGAUUAACCGUAAAUUUGUGCGACAAAUCGUAACCCAUACUUUAGCACUGAUUCUGAAACGUACGUUAACUACAUGUAAGGAGGAGGGGGAGUUAUGAUGUUAUCAAUAGCUCGAUACAAAAUAAAUUUGAAAAUAUAUAAAAAUAUAACAGAUAUCACUUACUAUGUAUAUGCCAAAUACCAAGUUAGAAAUCAUCGGAUCGAGAAUAUUCACAACAUCAGCAGCAGGUGACUAACAUUCCCGGUACGAAACAACAUAAAAAUACAUGCAAGGUGUGUACCACAGCAAUUUUUAAUCUAUAGAAAAAAAUGAACUUUCAUCAUUUUUUUCAUAUAUUUUUUCAAUUUCCUAAUUACUUCAACAUUUACUUGUCUAAAACUCCAUUAAAUUCCAUCAUUUUGUUUACAUAUUAUUCAAAGUAUUUUCAACAUGUACUUUACUAAUUAGAUUAAAAUGAUUGCUGAUUUAGGAAACAUUCUAACUAUUUUCCACAUAUGAGCACAUAAUGCUGUAGUUUCAGUCUUCUAUGGUAUCAUAAGGAAUUCUGUUAUUUUUAACUAACCCUAAAUACCAUAAUUCUGUAUAAUAACAGACUUAAAAAGUGUAUAAUUCUUUUCAAAAAACGACUAAUUGUCACACAUUAUUUCAGAAUUUUAUGCUUU